GGGCUGGGCGGCUGUUCACGUGACCGGCUGAGGCAGCCUAGUCCCGAGUCUCGUGAGCCAGGGGCGCAGGGGGUGUCCCGGGGGCCGCAUCCGAAGGAGGAGAGACCCCGCCGGGCGGCUGGCUCAGGCAAGGCCGAGGCCUCGGGGCCUAGCGGGGGGAUUGUCUCUCUCUGCGCGCCGAGCCCUGCCCCCAGGACCCCCCGCUGGGCGCGGGCCGGGAGAGACCCCCCCGACCCGCUGCGUUCGCACAGCCCCCGCUCGCCAGGGAGGCGGCCUGGGGCGCAGAGCAGGGACCCCCCGCCCCACCGCGGGGUCGGCCCAGGCGGCGCCGCGCUCAGAGCCAGAGGUGGGUGAUGCCAAGCACAGCCAUGAAGAAAAAGGUGCUGUUGAUGGGUAAAAGUGGGUCUGGAAAGACCAGCAUGAGAUCCAUUAUCUUUGCAAACUACAUCGCCAGAGACACACGGCGCCUUGGUGCCACAAUUGACGUGGAGCACUCCCAUGUUCGAUUUCUGGGAAACCUGGUGCUGAACCUGUGGGACUGUGGAGGACAAGACACCUUCAUGGAGAACUACUUCACCAGCCAGCGGGACAACAUCUUCCGCAAUGUGGAAGUCCUGAUCUAUGUCUUCGACGUGGAGAGUCGCGAGCUGGAGAAGGACAUGCACUACUACCAGUCGUGUCUGGAGGCUAUCCUGCAGAACUCUCCUGAUGCCAAGAUCUUCUGCCUAGUGCACAAGAUGGAUCUAGUGCAGGAGGACCAGCGUGAUCUGAUUUUUAAAGAGAGGGAGGAAGACCUGAGGCGACUGUCCCGCCCCCUGGAGUGUGCAUGCUUUAGAACGUCCAUCUGGGAUGAAACACUUUAUAAGGCUUGGUCCAGUAUAGUCUAUCAGCUGAUUCCUAAUGUCCAGCAACUAGAAAUGAACCUGAGGAACUUUGCUCAGAUUAUAGAAGCAGAUGAAGUUCUUUUGUUUGAGAGAGCCACUUUCCUGGUUAUUUCCCAUUAUCAGUGCAAAGAACAGCGCGAUAUCCACAGAUUUGAGAAAAUCAGCAAUAUUAUUAAACAGUUCAAGCUGAGCUGCAGUAAGCUGGCUGCUUCUUUCCAGAGCAUGGAAGUCAGGAACUCUAACUUUGCUGCUUUCAUUGACAUCUUCACAUCGAAUACAUAUGUGAUGGUGGUCAUGUCUGAUCCUUCCAUACCUUCUGCAGCUACACUGAUCAACAUCCGCAACGCUAGGAAACACUUUGAGAAGCUGGAGAGAGUGGAUGGACCAAAGCACAGUCUGCUCAUGCGCUGAACACUGGCCAAGCCACAUGGUCUUUGGGGGAGAAAAGUUGGAACUGCAGUUUUUUUAGGAGAAUCUAACAAUGUGGGUGUCUUGUGGGCUUUGAAAUGAGUGUGCUGCUUACCACCGCAAUCUUCUUUAUUUUUUUCUCCUUUUAACAUUGGACACUAGUCAUUUGGAUGAUGUCUGGAUACACAGUGGAACUUUAAGAGAGACUUCCUGGCACACUAGGGGUUGGGGAAGAUGCAAGGGCAGGUGAUUUGCACUUGGCCUGAUAAGCCUAGUUGCCAUAGUCACGCACACUGAAGCCUUUAUGGAUGUUUUCCUGUAUUCCAGGUGAUCAUAUAAAUCACAAGGAUGGAAUAUUACUAUUUUAUCAGCAAGUUGCUAGGAUACAUUUAUAAAUUUCUCCUUGUCUUCAGUCAUGAAAAUAAAUUUUUGCUACCAGGGACUUUGA